CCUACUUACCUUAAACGACUGGCCACUGACUGUCGCUGAUCAUAUGGAUGAUACGACUUUCCAACGCACACGGCGAGAAAUCCCCACCGAGAACAACCGCAUCGAGGUGACUUACCGAACUAUCUACCCCGUCCAGUCAUGAACUUCCAGUGCGAACAGCACUUGCUUCUAACUACCCCGUGCCGCCACCGCCAGAAGAACAGAAUUAGCGACGACCCGCGCUCUAAGAAGACGCAAUUUUGCAAGCCCUCUUAAUGCAUUGUUAUCUUUUAUCAAUCCGGUCAGUUGAGCACUGGAUCUUGGCGGCUGUGGAUCGCACUCGAGAAAGCGCGCUCGAAUCGUAAUCGAGAUCACUAUCUCCUCAUCUCCCCCUGGAGUGUUGUGUGUGUUGGAAGAAUCGGCAGCUUUGGUGUGGUGGACGUCUGUGACACGGCGCGGAGAGUGUUGAUCUGUCCACACAGUGGUGAUCCAGUGAGGAGUCGUGCGUGAGAUCCUUGGGAAUGCCCUGAGGAGAAGCGUGCCGGAGGGAUAUUUUAGUGUGAGCUAUCUCGAAGACAAGUGCGAUCGAACAUCUCGAAGAGUGUGACAGUGAAGAUGGAAGGCCUCAGUGUCGAUGAGGUGAAGGUGUCCCUGCAGAGAUUUGGGCUCUACGACUAUGUGGUGUUUGUGAUUAUGUUGGCCAGCUGUGCCAUGAUCGGAGUGUAUUUCGGGUUCAUCAAGAAAAAGUCACAGAAGGGUGAUGUGGAGGCGGACUACUUGGUUGGAGGACGUAAGAUGGGCGUGAUUCCGGUAUCACUAUCAUUGAUUGCCAGCUUCAUCUCCGGCAUAUCCCUGCUGGGAACGCCCACGGAGAUCUACGUGUACGGUGUCCAGUACAUGUACAUCGUCGGCGGCGUCAUCUCGAUGGGCUUCAUCAUGAUGUACAUCUAUCUUCCGGUGUUUCAUAAUCUCCAACUGACGUCCACUUAUCAGUACCUCCAAACCCGCUUCGACAAACGUAUGCGCCUGUUCGGAUCAAUCCUGUUCACAUUCGCCACGAUGGCGUGGCUACCGAUCGUCAUCUACGUCCCGGCGCUGGCGUUCAACCAAGUGACCGGAGUGAACGUCCAUCUCAUAACGCCACUGGUUUGCAUCAUCUGUAUCUUCUACACCUGCGUGGGCGGACUGAAGGCGGUCGUGUGGACCGAUGUCGUCCAGACUGUGCUGAUGUUCGGUGCCAUGGUGUUGAUCAUCGUUAAGGGGACGUUUGACGUGGGAGGUCUGUCGGUGGUGAUGGACCGUGCCAGCCAGAGUGGACGCCUCGAGGCGCCGGACUUCCGAUUCGACAUGACUACGAGACACAACGUGUAUUCUUGUGUGAUCGGUGGAGUGAUUUAUUGGUUGAAGACGAACGCAGUCAGCCAGAAUAUGAUCCAGCGAUACCUAUCGUUGCCAACGAUGAAGGACGCCAAGCGAGCUCUAUGGACAUUCAUUGUGGGAACUUUGUUCUUAUUGGGGCUGUGUUGCUACAGUGGACUGCUGAUCUACGCCAAGUACCACGAUUGCGAUCCGUUGACGACUAAACUGGCGAAGGCCAAAGACCAGCUGCUGCCACUGUUGGUUAUGGACACUUUGGGCGAUUAUCCGGGACUUCCGGGACUGUUCGUUGCUGGAGUGUUCUCAGCAGCGUUGAGUUCGCUAUCUACGGGACUGAACUCGAUGUCCGCGGUGGUACUGGAGGACUUCUUCAAACCUUUCUCGAACAAACCGCUGAGCGAGCGGGCAACGGCGAUAAUCAUGCGUUCGGUGGUGGGAGUUUUCGGUGUCAUCUGCGUUAUCUUGGUAUCCGUAGUGGAGAAGCUCGGUGCCGUGCUGCAACUUUCGAUGAGUUUGGGCAGCGUAAGCAAUGGACCACUGUUGGGCAUCUUCACCUUGGGUGUACUUAUUCCUUGGGCUACUGGAACUGGAGCAAUAAUUGGAGGAACCGUCGGAUUGGUAGUGAUGUCAUGGAUUUGCUUCCGUGCUCAGGUGGCCAUCGCAACUGGGGAACUGCAGUUCGAAUCGAAGCCGGUAGAUACCCAAGGUUGCAGUUAUCACUUCAUACCAUCGGAACCAAUGAGCAUGCUGGCCAUCAAUGUGACGGCACCGCCUCAGCAAUCCGUGCCAAGUGAACCCGAGUUCGCCCUGUACCACAUCUCCUACCUGUGGUACACCCUCAUGGGAGCGCUGAUCACCAUCGUCAUUGCCGUGAUCGUGUCCUUCCUGGUGGGACCCAACAAACCGGACGAAAUGGACUCCAAGCUGUUCUCGCCCUUCGUGGCCCGCAUCCUGGACCGUCGACGACGCCGGAAAGCAGUCCACAGCCAACCACGGAUAGAAGUGAGCGAAUCGUGUCAUCUGUAGGUAUUAGGGUGUAGUAUUAAGGUAGUGUAUUGACGACGACGACGACGACGACGACCACCUCACAGAGCCGCGAUAAGCUAUCGAUUUUAGUUCCUUUCGUGUCCGGUUGGAACCGGUUGGAGCCUCGGAUAAAAGGGUGCCCCUCAUUGCAAGUGAGACAAUGAAUCUCGAUUGUUGGAAAGUUGAAGAAGCAAUAAAAAAUGUUGGAAAUUAAAAAGA